CCUGCUGGAACGGGACGGACAGUUUUUCUUGUGAUAGUUUCACAGUUUCUCUGAAACAAAGUGUUGUCGCGACUGUAAAACGCUCCGGAUUGUUGCUCUUUUUACUUUGGCGCUUUUGAGACAUGGCUCCGUUUGGCAGAAACUUCAUCAAAGCUCGACUGAAAAACAGGGCAAAAGAAGAAGAACCUGUGGUAGGCAAAGAGAUCCAGGUGACUAUGUGCAAUGAGGAGAAGGUUGUUUGUGGAGUAACAAAGCACACAACAUGUGCCGAUAUGGUUCAGGCAUUGCUGGAGGAUCACAAGACAAACCCAGAGGCAAAGCGGCUGCUGCAUGGAGAUCCCAGUGAGUUCUGUCUUGUAGAGCGCUGGAAGGGAUUUGAAAGAGCGCUACCCCCUCUUACCCGAAUUCUGAGGCUGUGGUAUGCUUGGGGUGACCAAAGACCCUUCAUCCAGUUUGUUUUGGUCAAAACCAGUAAUUUUGUGCCGCAGGCAGGUAGGAAGGUUGGAAAAUCCAAAGGAGCCAAACCGAAGAGAUUAGUUCACAGUCAAGCUCAGCCUGCCUACUCUAUACCAGCGGAGAAGCAGAAGCGUAUGGUAUUUAAAGCUUUCCGCAAGCUUGAGAAAAUCCACAAGAAGAGCAGGAGCUCUCCAGAGUCUGAACAGAUUGAUCAGAUGGUCCAACUGAUUCUCACCCAGGACUACACCAUCAGGGAGCAGAUCCAGCAAAUGAGGGAGUUGGAUAUGGAAAUUGAGCAGUUUGAGUUGCAAAAACAGAGGGAAGCUGAUCCCGAGAGCUCACCGACUCCUGAGAAUAUAGAUGGGUGCUGCGAGGAGCAGCUGCUGGAGUAUCUAUAUACCAGUGAUGGAGUCAAGGAGUUGGACCUGCAGGUUCAGAGGCACCAGAACCUCAUCCUCCAGCUGUCCCAGGACAUUGACGCUGAGCUGAGGGCUAACUUGGCCUUCCUGCUCAGUCAAGAUGAGGAGAUUGACCAGGAAGAAGGAGCCGCAGGUGGUUCCUGGAUCCCGUGUGAAACAGACCCAUCAUUCUAUGCUGCCGAACUUGAGAUGCUGCAAUCUGAACUGAAUUACAGCCUCUUCGCUGGUGUGUCCCUUCAUAACCAAGCUGCAGAAGUAGACAAGCAGCUGAGGCACUACAACACUACACUGGUCUCCAAGGACCAGGAGUGUCGGCAGCUCGCUUCCCAGUUGAGCUUGUUACGUGUCACAGAUAACACAGAAGAAACUUCCUGUUCCAGCCCUCCAAAAACUGAGACUCAGUGCAGUGUUUCAGAGACGGUGAAACUCAAACACAACAUGGAUGGAACAGACACAGACUCGGACACUGGGAUUAGCUCCACACACAGUCAAGACUCCCUGUCACCCUGCCUUGACUUCCCUCCCCCACUCGACACAGAUGUUUGAAGCCCACAGUUCAGCCAACAGCGCCGGUCCAGCUCUGCUCGUCAGCUGGGUUUCCCCUCUUUUAGGAGUCGGUCUCACUGGCAGCUUGACUGUGAAGUUUCAUACUCCAUUUUGUUUCAGUGUAAUUUGCCACAAAAGGGAUUCAUGCAUGAAGGUUCAAUAUUCAUAUUGACAUAUUUAAUGUGGAGUUCAGGUUUGAACUCUGAAAUUCAAAUUUGCAUUGUCCCUCAGUCACAAGCAGUAAGUGCAAACAGUGAAAAUGUUUUUACAUUUAUUUAUUUUGUUUAUCUUGCACAGACCCAUCGUAUCUCAUAAUGGUAAAUGAAAGACAUCAUGGGGCUGAUGGUGUCCUGCGCGCACUACACACCAUGAUAUAAAUGUACAAGUAAAUAUACACAGUAUGUCUGUCAUGGUGUUUUUGGCUGUGACUUCAACACAUAACAUCUGUGGGACUUCAUUAUGAAGUCAUUCAUACCAAUCAAUCACAAAUAUUUUGCUGAUCAGUAUAAGCUUUAGAUCAUCCAUCAUCUGGUUGUUGAGAGCUAUUAAAAAAGGGUGUGUUUUUUGUUACUUUGGACCAUGUUUUCCUUGACCUUUGACCAAACUACUCUAAAAGCUAAUCACCUCUAGAGAUUUAUGCAAGCAAUGUUCCCAACAAGUUUGAAGGAAGUCCGCCCAGCUGUUUUUGAGUUAUCUUGUCUACCAUCACACACACACCAGUGAACACAAUAACCUGCUAUCACUGCUUUUCCAUCUCGCACUGUAAAAAAACACUACUACCAUGUUACUAGUUUUCCAAGCUAUUUAUGAAAGUUAAUUUCUUUGUACAGUUUUUAUUAACAUGUUUUAUAUUAAAACAAUUUAUGUGAAUGUAGCAUUUAGAACUUGUUUAAAAAUUAUCUGAAAGUUUCCAGAAUGCUAUACUGACAAUACAUCUGCUGCAAGACCA